AUGUCGUCGGAAGACUCUGCUCCCAAGCAGGCCACCGUCGCCAAGACGUCUGGCGGCAACGCCGCUUACCACAACUUUCACAAUGACUUUGUUCACAUCGCGGACCCUAACGAACGACGUCGUCUGGCUCUGGCCGAAAUUGACAAGGCUCCCUUCGGCUGGUACCAUGUGCGGGCUGUCAUUGUUGCCGGUAUCGGCUUUUUCACCGAUUCUUACGACAUCUUCGCUGUGAGCUUGUUGACAACCAUGCUGGGCAUAGUCUACAACCCGACAGUUGGAACUCUGCCUACGUCCUCAGAUAGUGCCAUCAAGCUGUCUACUUCUGCCGGCACCGUUAUUGGCCAGCUUCUUUUCGGCUGGCUGGCAGACCGCGUCGGUCGUAAGAAGGUGUAUGGGAUUGAGCUGAUCAUCAUCAUUUUUGCGACUUUCGGCCAGGCUCUGAGCUCCAACUCGCCCUCCAUGGACAUCGUCGGCCUCAUUAUCUUCUGGCGUGUGCUGAUGGGCGUGGGUAUCGGUGGUGAUUACCCUCUUUCGAGCAUUAUCACUUCCGAGUUCGCUACUACCAAGUGGCGAGGUGCCAUGAUGGGUGCUGUAUUCGCCAUGCAGGGUAUUGGGCAGCUUGUCUGUGCUUUUGUCAUGCUGUUUGUCACCCUUGGCUUCAAGGAGCAGCUCGAGCAAUCACAAGGCAUUAGUAGCUGCACAGGAUACUGUUCGAUUGCAGUCGACAAGAUGUGGCGAACACUCAUCGGCUUCGGCGCGGUUCCUGCUUGCAUUGCACUCUACUACCGUCUUACCAUCCCUGAGACUCCCCGAUACACCUUCGAUGUCGGUCGUGAUGUUGAGAAGGCUGCCGAUGAUGUUAAAGCCUACAUGUCGGGCAAGCAUGAGGGAAACCCUGAUGAAGUUACCCGCAUCCAGGCCCGGGCUGCGGCUGAGAGUCAGAUGAAGGUUCCGCAGGCAAGCUGGAGUGACUUCUGCCGCCACUACGCCAAGCCUAAGAAUGGCCUCCUUCUUUUUGGCACUGCAGGCUCAUGGUUCAUGCUGGACGUAGCUUACUACGGUCUGUCCCUGAACAAUGCCACCAUCCUGAGCGUUAUUGGCUACUCCACCUCGGGUGUCCACAACGCGUACCAGUAUCUAUACAACACUGCCGUUGGUAACUUGAUCAUUGUCCUGGCUGGUGCUGUUCCAGGCUACUGGGUGACUGUGGCAACUGUUGAUACCCUGGGCCGAAAGACCAUUCAAAUGGGAGGGUUUAUUAUCCUCACUAUCCUCUUCAUCGUCAUGGGAUUCGCCUACAAUUAUAUCAAGGCGCACUCGCAGUCUGGACUUCUCGCCAUCUACGUUCUUGCCCAAUUCUUCUUCAACUUUGGGCCGAACAGCACGACCUUCAUCGUUCCUGGCGAGGUCUUCCCCACCCGAUACCGGUCGACAUCGCACGGCAUCUCAGCCGCUUCUGGCAAAAUCGGCUCUAUCAUUGGCCAGGGUGCUAUUGCGACUCUCCGCACCCGCGGUGCCACUGCUGAGAAUCCUGCUCCUUGGAUGGACCACGUACUCGAGAUCUACGCCCUUUUCAUGCUUCUCGGUUGUGUCACCACCUUCUUCAUCCCGGAGACCAAGCGCAAGACGCUCGAGGAGCUGUGCGGCGAGGACCAGCCCUUGCCUAGCAGUCAUGCCAACGGGAAUGGUGUUCUCGACGAAGCCAACAUUGAGCAGAAGGCCUAA